AUGUUCAGCUUUACUUCAUCUCCGACUCAAAGUGCGUCAACUAAGAAGUCUUCCAAGAAGGAUAUUCUCUCGAGUGUAGCCAACACCGAAACAUCAUCGGCACCGGACUCUCUUGAGCCUGCGAUCGAUGGCCCGCCCUCCUCGGAACGCAUUCGCGCCUACACAGAGCAGAUGAAGAGAAGCUCAAUCUUCGGCAACAAUUCAAGAACUGAGACAUUAUCUUCCUCAUCUGCAUCGUCUUCAUUUGUCUCCCGCGAUUUAACGUCCGUUUCUAGUGAUGGCUUGACUUUAUCGCGAAAGUCUUCUAGCAGGUCAAAUGCGAGCAGUAUGCCGUCCACACGCUCAGAAAGACCUGAAAGUGCUCAGAUAUUCGGAUCGAUAUUCUCUCGAGGUGGAAGGAAGUCGAGGAGGAACAAUUCUUCGUCAUCCCUUGCACUUGGCGAAGGUAUCUUGGAAGAAGGAUCAGCGAAGGAUCGUUAUUAUGGCAAAGGGCACAGUUCGCGGAAGGGAAUGUCUGUCGGUUCUGUUUCGCUGGGGCCGGAAUCACAGAGACGACACCUUAUAUCAGGGCCGUACAACUUCCAGCACGUCACACACACAGCUCAAGAUCAGCUACCUAGCUUACAACGCUCCAACCCCACGGAAUUGGUCUCGGAGUUUUCUACCCUACGAGCGUCUCAAGCACCUACAAGUGGCGAGCUGAAAGGUAUCAGAGCACAAGACCUACACUUCAACAACUUUUCUUCCGAAGCGCUAAGUGCUCCUUCGCCUGAGGUAGAGUACUCACCCGUGCCUCCCAUUGAACAACGCCAACGGGGUGUUUUGCGCAAGUCUGUGCAGCCGCCUCGAGCUCAACGUUCAAUGUCAUACGCAAAAUCACAUGAUAACCUAGGAAACCCUCCUCCUCGACCUCCUCGUUCUCCUCUCUCGCCCACCUGCCCUCUGGAACUGCCCGUGAGAACCUCAUCUCGGGCAUCCACUCGGAUCUCAUCAAUUCUAUUUGAUGCGUUCGACCCUCUGGCUAAACCGAACGUUGAGCGGGCUCACCGCAACCCAAGCUUCAGGCGUCCUGCGCCCUUUGCUCCUCCGAGACCGUCGCCGGCGCCUUUGCUAUUCAGUGAGCAGCAGAUGGAAUAUUUCCCAGACGAUCAGGCUUCACAUGCCUUGACAACCCCAGGCGACGAGGCUUGGCCUUUGACGGCCUCGCCAUCCGGAAACUUUGGGUUUGAGCUUGCCGAUGUCCAAGAAGAGGAGGAAGUAGGAUCAAGAAGAUCUCGGAUAUCUAUCGCUAACUCUGAAUUGAGACAAUCUAAAUCAGUCCCUUCCCUACGACUAUCUUACGAGGCCCACGGUCACUCAGGAAACCGCGUAUCAGCAAUCUUGGGCCUUGCCCCAUUGGAAGGUGAAUCUUCUCAAGGGAGACCACCCCUAUCGCCUGGUUUCCGUUUUGGAGAUGAUGAUGAUGAUUCGUGGGAGAAGGACAUUGACUACUGCUACGAGCAUGAGAUUGAGGCCGACUGUGAUUAUCAAUGGGGCCGAUGCUCUGGAGAAGAAGAAAGAGCGCCUGAACAGAGCCCGUCAACAGGCAUGGAAUCAGCCCGUGUGGAACCGCAACUUGAACUGCCCGUUGAAGAGGAUGACCGCUCAAUCUACCAAGGACGCUUCCGACCAUCCUUGCUUAUCCCUUCUACAUAUGAUGUCCCAGAGCUGUCUCCUAUGUCCAACAACUCUGCGGUUUCGCCGGACCCGCGUACACCGCAAAUCCACCUCAAUCGACCCAACCACGGUCGCUCUACCUCGCACGCAUCGUCUUUCAAGGAGUCUCAUGGUUUCCACCUCUCGCCCACGCUGCUCAUACCAGCUGACUUUCAGUCUCAAAUGGAACAAGAUGCUGCUUAUGACGACCAUUUUAGCAACAAUCAAUCAAUCUCUGCAACUAUAUUUGAGCGAGUGUCUUACAACACUUGUAUCUCACCGGUCGAUGAGAGCUCCUCCAGCAUUGUUUCAUACCGAUCGUCAAACCUCUCCCAUGACUCUACACGCACCUCUGCGACCAACUCCAGAGGGAGCCAAGAUUCAAUGGGAUUGCUAUCUCGUGCUGCUAGUAUCAACCACGCACACCGGAGUAUUGGGUCUGCCUCUUCGCUUCCUGAGCUAAUUCCAUCAAUUAUCCGGAAGCCCGUAAAUAUUCCAAAAAGCGAGGAAGUGGGUGCAAAUCUCGCAACAUUGAACCCCGCAGAAGAUAUGGUGAUACAGAGUGACCCCACAACGUCACUUCAGCACCAGCAUAACAAUUUGCUGAUGCUAGAUAUGAAGAUUCGAAAGGGUGUUAACCAUUUCGCGCCCGCAGCUCUUCCAGUUGCGGCGGAAGUGGCAGAUGAGAUCGGGCCUCUGAGUUCGGUCGCAGAGUUAUUUCCUGCCUUCCCUCAAGAGCAGGUAAUCGGAGGACAAGCUCAUGGCAGGAAGAUAUCGGCUCCCAUAGUGAGCCAGACUGUAAGGGAAUUCAAGACGCGACCAAGAGCUGGAACGUCUGCUUCGGCCGCGAAUAUGGUCGGAGGCAAGAAGAGGGGGAGCUAUAUGUUGUUCCCUCAAAUUUGA